AUGGCCUCACCUAACCCCCCCGGCAAAACAAUCGCCCUCAUCCACAACAGUGCCCUACCAUUUCCCCUCGGCACAAUCAGCACUCAUGUCGCUGAAUACGCCCGCGAUGUAUGCCUAUAUAGAGUAUCCUCUGACUAUGUUGUUGAAAUCAUAGACCUUGCAACUUUUGCUCUUCCCGUCACUUCCAAUAUAGACGGCAAACUAACUCCAAGCGACUUUGCAAGCGGGCCAGAUCCAUGCACCCAAAAAGCGACCAAGUCCCUAAAGGAAUGGGAAGAAGAAGCCUCAAAACACAGUGUAUUCGUUUUUCUCUUCCCUUUCCACAUCUGGUCCUAUUGCAAACCGAUCAAGGACGCUAUCUCAGCUCUCCCUCAAACUCUCUUCGCUCGCAAGCCGACAAUCAUUAUGGGCUUUGGGAAACAAGUCCCAUUUUGUCCCAAAGACUGGGCUAGGACGUGGAGAAAAACUAGUUAUGGGAUGAUGAAGGAUUUUUUUGAGGGAAAAGGAAUGAAAGUGAUAGAAAUGAGAGGGGGCAAUCCUGAAUUCGCGGUUCAUGGCGGGGAUUACGAAGCGUAUUGGUUGAAGGGACGAGCUGCGAUUGGUGGCCAGCAGUCGGAGGAGUGGGAGAGUUCGGCGUGGAAUCGGUGUGCGGAGGGAAUGAGAAAGAUAGAGAUGUUAGAAGUGCAGAGAAAGAAAUGA